AUGGAAAAAAAAAUUAUACUUGUGACUGGAGGUACAGGUCUCAUUGGUAAAGCUAUUGAAAAUAUAGUUAAUGAAGACAAAAAAGAUAACGAAGAGUGGAUAUUCGUAGGAUCAAAAGAAGCAGAUUUAUGCGAUAAAAAAAGCACAGAACAGUUGUUUGAAAAAUACAAACCUACUCAUGUAAUACAUUUGGCUGCUAUGGUUGGUGGUUUAUUCCAUAACAUGGCACAUAAUUUAGAUUUUUUACGUAAUAAUCUUCACAUAAAUGAUAACGUUUUACAAACUGCUCAUGAAAAUAAUGUUAUCAAAGUUGUUUCCUGUCUUUCUACCUGUAUAUUUCCUGACAAAACAACAUACCCAAUAGACGAAACUAUGAUUCAUAAUGGUCCACCUCAUCCAUCAAAUUAUGGAUAUAGUUAUGCAAAACGACUGUUAGAUGUUGCAAAUCACGCAUACCUUGAACAGAAUAACAGACUCUACACAAGUAUUAUUCCAUGUAAUGUUUUCGGACCUCAUGAUAAUUUUAAUCCACAUUCAAGUCAUGUUAUUCCUGGAUUAAUGAGAAAGUUGUAUGACCUCAUUAAAGAUGGCAAUACUGAAGAUAAAAUAUUCACAGUAUUAGGAUCAGGGAAACCUUUGAGACAAUUUAUUUACAGCUUAGAUUUAGCAAAACUUAUUUUAUGGGUUCUUCGUGAAUAUAAUUCCGUCGAACCAAUAAUUCUAUCCGUCGAUGAAAAAGAUGAAGUUUCAAUCUCAAAAGUAGCUGAAACACUUGCGAAAGCUUUUGAUUUUAAAGGAAAAAUCGUAUAUGAUACUACGGCGGCAGAUGGUCAAUACAAAAAGACCGCAAGUAAUUCAAAACUAAGGAAUUAUUUACCAGCCAUGCAGUUUACUCCAUUUGAAAAUGCAAUCAAAGAAACUGUUAAUUGGUAUCGUAGUAAUUAUAAUAUAGCAAGAAAUUAG